CGGAUUUUAAGAGAAAAGGCGGACUGCAAGCAGUCUAUGCGACAAUAGCCACUCAAUGUCGAGCUAUAGUUAAGUUUUGGGGAAAACAUUUUGCCCCCCGGGCAUUUUGCCCAGGCAAUGAGCAGAAAAUACACAGGCAGACGGAUACACGUCGCCGAAGGGGAGCAGGGUGGGAAAAAAUUGUGCUAGUGGUUCUCGUAAACAAAACUUCGCGAAAAGAGGGAAAACGUGACUUUAAAUAGGUAGACUACGGUCCCCAACGACCAGUAACCGGCUGUGUAAAAGGAAAGACAUGAUCGGACGAUAGCGCGGCGAAAUUUCGUGACUAUUCUUGUAGUGAAGCUAACAAUAAUUUUGCAUUUACGGGUUUCAGGCUUCAACACGUCAUAAAUAAAUCGAUCAUUUCAAUACAAGCUAGAGGGUGGCUUUAUAUAAUCACAUGUAUUUUUUUGUUUACAAGUCAGAGAGGUAGUAGUCCAGUAAAUCUAGGCAUUUUUGAGGCUCAAAAUCAAACUAAUUGCAACAGAAUUGUUUUCAAGGCAAUUUAAGUAAGGGUGACCUAUCUAGCAACAUACUAAAAAUCCGCCAAAAUCAGUUCGUUGCAAAAUACCAAAAUUAAGCGUUAAAUAUUUUUAGCUUUUAACACAGGACUCCCACGUUAGCUGAAAUUACACGUUCCAACAAAAAAUGCGCAAAAUGUGUUUGUUACUUUUAUGGAAAAGUGAAAGAAAAAAUAAUAACUGCUACCUAGUUUUCGGUGAUAAAAACAUUAAUAACAUUAAUAACUUUAAUAACAUUAAUAACAUUAAUAACAUUAAGAGUUUCUUUUUUUCAAACAAAAUAAAUAUUAAACACCGUUGGCUUUUGCACAGGAAGCCCAUGCUCCACUCAAGGAACUCCAAAAUAACAGGAGGCUUACAGAGUAAUAGAGUGAACUGUUGGCUGUAAAACUACAAAAAAUUUAGUCGUAAGGCUUUAAACCUGAAAAAUGAAAGCCGUUUACUUAAUCAUUAGCUUUUAAAAUGUAUCCGUUUUUUUCAGAUUUCUAUUAGACGCAAGGGUAAGAAAAAUUUAUAUAUAUUAGAGCUGGACUUUUUAAUAACCUUCCGGCCUAAAUAGACCUCUCCCCUAAAACAGCCUUUUUCUUUCAAAAACUAUCUCCAAAGAAGUCAACAUAAAAACUAGGAGUGCAGCCAUUGCUUUUUUUUCUCCUCGUCCUUUCUUUCUCCUCGCUCUUUUUAUUUUCCCUUUCCUCGUUCUUUUCUAGCAGGAUUUUUGGGCUUAUUUUGCCUUCGGCUUUUGGUCUUUUUCUCAGUCAAAAGACCGCACUUUUCGUUUGGUACGUUUUCAAAUAUCCAGCAAGAUAAUGCUUUGGCUUUUGCGGUUACCUUCACAUUAAUUUUCGUUAACGUAUCGACAUGCUCAAAUAUACAAAUGUUUUGAAGCUUUUUGUUUUCUUCUAUAAGUGAAUAGGAGAAGAGGGGAGGAUAGUUUUACUAGUUCUUUACAAUGCACAACAAUGCAAAGUUUUUGAACAGGUCAAGUUCCAAUGCCUAUGAGUUUGAUAAGAGGGAAAUGCGUUUUCAUUUAAGGAAAAGUGUUGUUACCUUCCCCCCAAGAAAUUAUAAGGGUUAACAGAACAUUCAUCGCAUAAGAACUUUGGUUCCAGCAAACGUUUGUUUCAAGGAAACGAAAUAGUAUAGUAGGGAAGCUUGUUUUUAAGGGAAAGAUUAACUUUGGGUAACCAAAACAAUGCGUAUGUAAAAAUAUCUUGUAAUAGUCUGUGGUGUAAUGGAAAUUCCCCACCCAGAGCAUAAUUCACACAACUCAGUCAGAAGGUUAACAUGCACUAAGUUCAAGUGUUACACAACGCUCAUCCGAAGAGAAACAAUGGUUCCGCAAAAAGAGGUGAGCCAUCAGAAGCUAAGUCAGGCAAGCCCAUUAAUGUCGUACAUAUGUCCAGUACUUUCGCGCCUUCAUUGAUAACUGCAAUUAUUUUCAGACGUAUAAGAUCCCAUGAUCGUUAUAGAAAAAGAGGUCUUCAUGUGCCAAUUGACGAAAAAAAACUGGUCAAGGUUCAGGGUUGUUCUCACAAAAGGAAUGCAAGGAGGGAAUAUAAACGCCUUUAGACCACAGAGCGAUUAAUCUACUUAUUCAUCUUACCUGAAAUGAAGGGCUGUUGCAGAAAAUACAAAGUGACUAAUUAUAACAGAUACACUAAACUAAAUCUGAUACUCGCUACAAGAAGAAGAUAAAAAAAGAACAAUCACACUGCCCUUGGUUUUCUGGAUUUCCCUUACAACAGAAUGAAAAGCGCAUGGCGUUACGAUCUACCAAAAACCAAAUCGACGGAAUCCUUAGCAGUAUAUUUAUUCACUCACAUUGUAAAGCACGGAGUCAUAAUCCUAAAGGAGGUUGCGCAUGUCGCGAGAAAAAAAAAGAGUCCCUGAUUUCGUCACACAUAUUGUGUCUAAGGUUUGAACAUAACUAACUUACAAAACUCGAUUACAGAAAAUGGGAAUAGGUUAUUAAAAUAAAGAGUUUGUACUGAUACAAAGCUAUCGACCGUUGCACACAUUUAGUCGCACGUAUCUUGCAGCAUGGAUGCAAAUUUAGUAGCCAACAGUAGGUGAUCAAAAUAACUAUUCACCAUCAGUCAUCUACUGAAUUUGCAUUCGUGCUGCAGGAUAUAUAAAAAAUUACCAGCCUGUGAUACUGCCAAAAUACGUACUGCAUUUCUGAUAUUGCGCAAAAAAAAAACAAAACAAUUACUACUAUUUUUAACCAUGUUAACACAGACUGACUAAUAAUUCCCUUUUCAAUUCCGUCAAAGAAAAAAAAACUAAAGCUUAAAAAACAGAAUAUGAAGACAGACGAGUGGCUGCGUUACCUGUGCCAAGCCCUCAGGACGAAACACUGACCCAGGUGUUCCUCACACAUUUAAUCGGCGUUUUUUAAAACAAAACUACCCAAAAUACAUUAGCGAUGUUGUAUCGAAAAUUCUUGCGGGAAAAAAAAAGCACAAUUAUCAGAUGUUUUGUCUGAAUUUGUGAUCUUCCUGAAAUUGGGUGUCCUGUGGUGAAAGUUGAAAGUCUUUAUUUCCAAUUUUUCUCAUCUUUCACCGAACCGAUUUUGGCGGAUUUUUAGUAUGUUGUUAAAUAGCCAUCCAACAAUUAACUGGCGUUGAAAAAAGUUCUGUUGCAAUUAGCUUGAUGCUAAACCACAAUUUGACUGGACUAUAGCCUGCGAAUACAGUCGUUUCUCCUUUCCCCUCGCUGCUAAGGACGUUUCGCCAGGAGGAACGUCUGCGACUCGGCGACAGAAAUUCCAUACCGAUGACGUAAAAUCUGUCCGGAAUCUGGUCAGGAGCUCUGAUUAGUCGACGUAGCAGUAGUCUGCUACACAGCCGUUUUUAGUGUCGUCACGCAACGCUCCUCCCUACUUGCGUGACGACACUAAAAACGGCUGUGUAGCAGACUAACGUAGCAGUUGUAUUGUUUUACCUAUAUUGUUUACAAAUGAAAGCCAAAAGGCCACAAAGUCAAGUGUAAACGUGAUGAAUCUACCACAAAACAGUCAAUAUUCCUAGAAUAUAUUCUUCUUUAGAAAAAGCAUGUGAGUUUUGCUGCGGCUCGUUCGCAGAAGAACAGGAAAAACAAAAAAUCAAACAAAUUUACAUUUGGAACCUAAUGACUAACGGAUUUAUCAUGUAAACAUUGAUUUAAGUCAUCAGUAUGGAAUUGCUGCCGCUGAGUCGCAGACGUUCCUCCUGGCGGAACGUCCCUUGCGGCGAGUAGCGAGGAGAAGUGGUAGUGGCUAGGUACUACAAUAGAUAGAUGGGCCUAUAACUAGCGCGAGGCUUAUAAAUGUGGGAGGUUGUUUGCGGUAUUUAAAUACAUUAAUGGAUACGGGUGGUUGUCGAUUUGGAUUGCGGAAGUCUAAAAUGUAGUGCACGUACAGAUUGCACCUUUCUGGCAUAUAAAUAAAACGACUUACGAAAGACAUAUCCAGCCUCACACUUAAGUUCCCGUAAUAAGUAAUAAAGACUAAAAUAACCGAUUAUCAGAGUGAAAUAACCAGAACUUUCACACUGACUACAAAGUCCACAAUGUUCAUAUUAGGUAUAUAUAAUGGGUGGUUGCAGAUUGGGAUUGCGGCAGUCUAAUAUUCGUGCACGUAUACUCCAAGCAAGUACCUCGGGGAAGCACGUACCAAGCACGCACUUGAGUAGAAUCCAAAACUGAGACAAAGGACUAAAAUCCUCAACUAUAACUGAGUAGACGAGACAUAGCAGUCAUUAUUGUGGGUCACAGGCAUAGAAAAGUGUCGAACAAGCACGCAAACAGCUAACCUUGGUCAGUCUUUGAAAAGAAUCCAAAACUGCCACUAACCAUCGACUAGAAUUAGCAGCUGCCAUAGUAGAUUGUACGGAUAGCAUGGCACGGAUCAAACUCACAACCGAGGGUCUUCAGUUCAGUUUAUUUCCGGUGUGUUUACUUCUAGGAAAACUUGAGCUGGUUUUCAUGUCACGCAGCAACUAGCGCACCCCCGGCAUUGUCAUCAUUUGGUAUUUUUCUAGAUCUUGGCGCGCGUUUCUCUGCUUUUACUUUCCAGAGAUGCGAUUUUUUACAAAAUUCAAAUGAGAAAAUUGGAAAGCUGUACAAGAUCGAGAAGCAUGUUGGCCUACUUUGCACAAAAACUCCCCCAGAUAGUUAAAAAUGGAUAAGAAAAAACACUUUCCGGGCGCGAAAACUCUUUGGAAGUUUUGAGAAACCCUCGCCUGGACCGGACUGUACACCAAUUGAAAAAAGAACACUGCACGUCAGUCAAAAAGGGAGUAGAUUUUCACAGCAGAUAUGGCCCCUUCCCAGUUACCAUUACAAAGGAGCCCUUGAUUUCGCUGUAAUAAUUCAAAGUAGGUUGUUGAUCAUGAGUAAAGAGAGGGAUAAGCUCACGGAAUCCUGCUUGGCCACGAUAUCCUCAAAUGUAUGGCAGCUUCGCCACCAAAACCCACUCGCAAAAACAAUUCCGCUGGCUACGCGGGCAAGAUUCUCUCACGUAGUUUUUCUUUGGUUUUUUUUUUUCAUUUCUUUUUUUUCUUUUCAACAUUCCAACCCACACUUAAGGCGAUUAAAGUGCUUUUUCCAACUCCUUAUGUCUCUUCAUUUUAUCACUUUUGUUUUGUUUUCGUUUUCUCUCUUUGCCUUGUUUUCAGAGACCUUUCGUUUUUUUUCUAGGGUACGCUCGUGCGUGCGUCUGUACAUGAUUCUGCCACACUCUCCUCUCCCUCACUAUCAUCUGCGCCAAUUUUUACUACGAUCGUUCGUAGCAUGUUAAUUUCUAGCUUCUAGCUUCAACUUCUCCUUCUUAAAGAUUUUUCCUAGGUUCAUAGUUAGAUUCGGUAAUUACUCUUUGCACCUUUACGUAUUUGCGCGCGGGUGAGGGUGAACGUCUUAGCUAAUGUUCGUGGAAAAAGGACUCGGAAGAAAUGUUCUGGCGCAUUGUUCCCGUUUCACUCAAGUGAGUCGGUGGUCCGUGGAGGUUUAUAGAUUGUAUAGAAGUCAUUUUGAUAUCUGAUGAAUUGAUACGGGUCAUUAACAAUAAUAAAGCUUUUGGAACUAAGCUAAAAUGCGGUGCACAUAUACUCUAAAGAAACACGUCCGGAGUUUGAUUAAAAAGAUUGAAACCAGGCCUUUGAGCCACACACUUGCAGGGGUACAAGAUUGAAAAAAGCUACGUUAUUACUGAAAACUAGUUUCAGCAAAUGUGACCUGCGGUUUCUCUUAUAUUGUAGUGGCCGAUCACACAUGACUGACUUUUCUAUUAUACUUGUUAUGUCUGGAAUUUAUAACAUGACGCACUUUAGUUGGAAACGAGAGGCGUCGCGUGAAGGUUUAGAGAUGAUUUACGUCCAAAAAGAAAUGUUUUCCGUAAAAGUUGCCUUUUUCUUGUACAUGCAAUUGUCGCUUCAUGUGUUUGUCUCUUCACAUGAAAGCCGAAAUCAUGAGCAUUAUUCCUUUAAAGAACUGCAGGACGCCGUCAAUGGCGAUUCCUUGAAGUCAGAUGAUCUACAGAGGCUAUUUGACAAGCUGCAUUUCUUGAACUGCUCUGAAAACAAAACGAGUCUGGAUUACCGAAAGGUAACAUAAGUGUUGUUGGUACAAAUGGCCAAGAGAAAAAAGAUAAACUUACUUAAGUUAAAAUGAAAGUCAUAGAGCUUCGUUAAAUCUUAGAUGGAGUACAAUCGACGUAGUUCGGGUAAAACUUUCUAGAAAAUGAUAUCUCUGAUAACUAAUUAGACGUUUAAGAAUAUGGGAUAACUGGACUGAUUUUUGUUACCCCGUCGGACAGAUCUUCGGUCGGACAGAUUUUCGAAGCUGCCCUUUUCUUUUAAUGUCUCCGACCACGAAGGUUUUCUUUGUGCGUCGAUAUCAUUCACUUUCACGCUUUGUUCUUUUAGUGUUUCAGUCCUACAGAAUUGCACAAUAUUUCUGGAUCCCCGCCGUCACAAGCAUUAAAUUCCUCGGAAUUCGCAGAGAUCAGUCCUUCGAUUGUGUACUGCCUUUUGCCUGCGAGUGAAAAGAAUUCUGGUCAACAACGUUGCGAUUCUCCCAGGAAUCACAGCGAACUUUUCGACUUGUUUACGAGGAAUUUCAGUCAUGGCGAACACGGGAUCACUCACGAAGCUCUCGAUGAAAUUCUCGAGGAGAUAAACAAGACGAUCGGAAACUUUUUAACUGAAAAGAAGGUUGGUAAACUUUUACCAUUUAUUGUUAACUUGCACUUUCAAACGAAAUCGGUCAGAAUAAGUAACGAAACGAUGAAAGGAAUGUAUAGUAGUGAGGACAUUACAGACAUUAAUUCUUAAGGUGGUAGAACAAAUUUACUUUUAGACAUCCUUUUAGUUAAUUUAUUAAUACGCAACAUAUUUAAAAACAUGAAAAAAACUCAAACAAAGAACACAAUCAAAAAACAGAAACUAAAAGUUCUGGGCAAAAUGAUGACAAAGCAAAAGGGAGUAAAGUAUGAUAAGUGUGUUUGCAGAUUAUUCGCAUUUAAAUGACCUAAUUGUGAAGAGGUUAUUUUGGCGAAGGCACUCAAAAAAAUGUCAAAUUGAGCAUCAUCAUCAACAACAUCAGCGUCAUCAUCAUUAUCAUUAUUGCCCUUGCAAAGCCUCGAUAAUGAACAACAUUUAUUUUUAACCAGGAGCCCAUGUUUUUAUCUUCAACUUGCGUGAGUCAUCUUUAAUUUAAAAUAUAAAUAACAACAUGGUUGUUAGGUGAUUGGCGCAUUUCGAUCCGCACUCAUGGUUCAUGGAUUUUGAGCUUCAGCAUUGUUUAAACGCGCUACAAAGGUGUUUCCUUAGCGAUCCUAACUGUUGCAUCGAUAGGCUGCUAUUUUGUCGAUGGAGUGGGCAGCCAGGAUUCUGGAAUCGCCAUUCCACUAGCUCUUUUAGACAUCGCGCCGAAAUCACCGUUCUUGUGUGUGAACAGACCUAUCCGGUAACUACGAACAUAGCCAAAGGCUCAUUUGUUUCCAUGGAUGGCUCAUUUGAAUAACAAAAACAAUGAACAUUCGGUGCGGCAUAUUAUGACUAUGCACAUAACUGGCUUGGUAUCCAUACAUUUUCAUUUUAGAAUACUCUGGACUAGAAAUACGUGCAUCGCAGAACUUCGCGCAGCAGAGGCUAACAGCCAGAACAAGGAAGAAAGGGAAAUAAGCCAACAGGGAAAAGAAAAUAUAAGGGAAAAUAUUAACAGUCAAAACUAAACAACAAUAGCAACAAAGAGAAAGAAAGAAAAUAAAGGAAAAAGAUUUUAAAAAAGAAGUUUUUCAAGAAUCGAACCCAGCACAUGCCAUCAUCUGGAGCAUUUGCUUACCACUAAGCUACGUGUACAGUAGUAGUCAUGUUUCAUUAGGAUUAAGCCUCGUUGGUGGAUUCCCGUUGGAUUCCCUUUAUUGGUAUGCGUUAAAGGUCGAGUCCAUGACGUCACCCGUUGUUAUAACCUAAGGAAAGUGCCUUCCUCCAUACUAAUUCGGUAUAGGCUUGCUAAUGAGCAUCCCUCUACUACAACAGAAACAAUAGGCUUGCCUAGACUUGCCCGGUAAGUAACUUGAGCCCGGUUUAAACGUCUAUUAAGAGAAAUAGGAAUAAGGGACGCUCAUCACUAAACCUACACCGAAUUGGUAUGGAGGAAGGCACUUUCCCUAAGUUAUAACAAUUGGUGACAUCAUGGACUCGACCCUUAUGCAUAUCAAUAAAGUUAAUCCACUUUUUACGAGGGAAUCCAAAGGGAAUCUGGUCCAGUCAAAUUGUGGUUUAGCAUCAAACUAAUGCAGCAGAAUUUUUGUCAACGUCAUUUAAUUGUGGAAUACUAAAAAUCCGCCAAAAUCGGUUCGGUGAAACAUGAAAAAAAUUGGCAAUAAAGAUUUUCAACUUUCACCACAGGACACCCAAUUUCAGGAAGAUCACAAAUUCAGACAAAACUUCUGAUAAUUGUGUUUUUCUUCCUCAAGAAUUUUCGAAAGAACAUCGCCAGUGUAUUUUGGGUAGCUUUGUUUUGAAAAACGCCGACUAAAUGUGUGAGAAAAAAGAAAUAAUCGCUGCCGGCUAAGGAUAAAAUAAAUCAUGAUCAUCAUCAUUAUCAUCAUCACCAUCAUUGUAUUUAUCAUUUCUCACAAUCACGAAGUUGAGUACUGACUUCACUUGGAAAGCAUUGCAUGGUGGCAAGCGACAAUCGCUCAAACUCCACGGGGCAUACAAUCCAUCACGACAUUACAGCGCAUGUGGUAGAUUGUAUGCCUUGAAGCCAUCAAACUAUCAAAUAUCUGACGUUCUGUGCAUUUAUUUUACCAGUGUUUUUCAGCAGAAGACAUUUUUAAAGAGAUAGAAGAGGGAGAGGAGGAAGGCCAUAAUCACACGGAAGAUGAACACAGCCAUGAAGAAAAGGUUCUUGAUCAACAUGAUUUUGAGAAAGCCUGUGCCAGCAUUAUCCUGCACUUAGUUAAAGGAUACUGUAUCGAGGAAGGUCAUGGACACAACGAGACCAAACCUAAUCUACCAUCAAAAGAAUCCUUCAUUAAAGAACUUUUCAAUGGCAAAAAGUACCUGACUGAAGAAGUCUUAGAAAGCAUCGCUGAAAGUCUUGGUAUUGGAAAGAAAUCCUCUGAGUCGACAGCCUCAUCUUCAAGUGACAGCCUCGAUCACGGGCAUGAUCACAGACGCCGAAGGUCUGCCGAGGUAUCCGCUGUUUUGCCGCAGAAGAACUUAGCCGAGUCGCACAGCGUUCAUCGUCGGGCAGUUGAUCCGCAUGAUCACGCUCAUGGCGGAAAUGGCACUGUAAGUAUCAGGGGCUGUCCACACUAGGUGCCCGGGACCCAGUGUCUGGGUACCAGCACAAAAUGGUGUUUUGUUGACACUUUAAGUACCCGAUAUGUAACCAGUGGUGGAUCCAGGGGAGGGGCCCGGGGCGCCCCCUUAUUUUCAGACCAAACUUAGGCCCGAAGAGGCGAAAUAAAAAUUUUUGGAGACCAAGCCACCCUCCUAAUCUCAGGGUCUGGAUGACCGUCCCCCUCCCCCUUAUCUCAAGGUCUGGAACCGGCACUGGUAACCGUGUACAUAACUCCAUUUCGCAUGGUCAGAUGUUAUUUUGAAACGUGAACUUAGUAGCGACCGAGUACAAAACAGUGGACUGCAACAGAACGAACAAAAGAUAGUGCGAACAGAGGGACCCGGUUACUUGAAAAAAGAGUAUGUUCACAUUAGUCCCCAGCGAGUACAAAGUGUGAACGCUGCCUCAGAUUUUGCAGAAAAAGUAUUUAUCAAGAUUCUUUUAAUUGUGGUUCAAUGCAAGCUACUUGACAAAAUAUGUAAAACACUUCUGUGCUCUCCCAACAGGAACAAUCAAACAUGUGGUCUUGACUUGUUUUCACUCUCCGUCGAGUUCUAAGCCACAUUUUUUAGCUCAGUGAUAUUCUCGUUUUCAUUUUAUUCAGUUCUUCUACCAUAAGCUACCAGGUGAUGAAAGUGCCUAAGGCUAUAGCCCAGGGCCCGGUUGUUCGAAGGCCGAUUAGCGCUUAACCUGGGCUUAAAUUUAACCCGGGUUUCCUUUUCUUGUGUUCAAAAGCAUUUUCUCAGAUCAUUUCUCAGUUAUUUUUAGAGCUUCCAAUCAUCAACUUGUGUACCAAAAGAAUUAAGACUGACCUGCUUUUUAAGCUUUCAAAUCUGAAUUCAAAUCUCGCACUAACCCUGGGUUAUCUUAACCCAGCUUUGAACAACUGGGCCCAGUUGCUUAAACACCACUGAGGACCUGCGCCCAAAGCCCAUUCUUAAACAAGCAAACAAAUCAGUAUGAUUUAUCGUGUAGUAUUAAUUCUAUUUACUUUUUUGCGUCAAGUGUUACUCAGUCGAUGAGAUGCUGACAGUUUUUGACAUUGAUCACUCCAUUGGAGCAGAUGAUUAUGACUUCAAACAGCUUUGCCCUGCUUUUGUUCAACAAGCCCAUAGCGGAGUUUGCAAACAACAGUCAAGCCAAACAAAAACAGAACAUCAUAAGGAUAUGGGAAAAAGUAAGUAUUCUUGCUUGCUCCGACUUCAACCCCCAAGAGGGGGGUACUUCCUAUAAUGGCCUAUACGGGGAGGCUCAAGCUUCAGCAACAUGAGAGAACAGGGAUUUCACUAGUAGAAGUGUAUGAAAGGGUAGGGAAAUGGGUCACUUCGGUCUGUGAAAAUGCCCACAGGGUUUAUGACUGUGAAAAGCCGAGAAAGCGUUCUGGUUUCCUGAUUAUUUCGUACUUAAAAGACAGUGCAGUCAUUGCGCCAAUCCCAUCUCGCGCCUUCAGUAAUGCGCAGUCAGUUUCGGGUGUCGCGCUUUUCUCGACGGACUGAGAAAAAAAAGGGAGACUGCUCGUAGUUAAGUCAUAUUCGAUCAUUUGCGAUGAGGCGCAUUUCCGUCGGUCAUUUCUUUUUUGGUCUCAUUAAUAAUUUCUUUACUGCUGGCAAUUUGUAUGAUAGUAAUAAUUUGUAAUUUAGUAUUGUACGGUACCCUCCCCCACCCCCCCCGAAAAAAAGAGACUUUUUUCAGUAACACACUUUUUUAACAAAAAAACAACAUUCCCGUCUUGGGAAACACUUAGGCUAUCAACCAAUGAUCUCUGACUUCUUUGGUUUACUUUCUUAUCUCCAGUCUGGGGUUAUGGCUUUGCCGCUGUGACUAUCAUCAGCCUCACAUCUUUAGUGGGCGUGGCAACUAUUCCUUUACUGGGAAAAAAAAUUUACAAGAAGAUCUUGGCAAUGUUGGUGGCUCUUGCUGUCGGAACUCUCGCUGGAGACAGUUUACUUCACUUGAUACCUCAUGUAAGCCUAGAAAUUUAGCAUGUUCCAAUUUUUGGGGCUUCUUUUCUCAUUAAAGAGCGCAGAAAAUAAAGGACUGAGAUGGAUUUCAACUGUUGCGAAAUUUUUACGUGCGUGUACGCGUAAAAUUAUGCGUGCGCAUUAAAGCAAAAUAGAACAAAUAUAUGAAAGGUUGCGCGUAAACGUAAAAAUUGAGCGUGGUUAGACUUUUACGUUCACGCGGAAACCUGAUUCUGUCCUUCUUAGAUCUAUCUUUAUGUGAAAUGCAUGUAAUUAAACAAAAAGGUCAAUUUUAACGUAAACGCUAGCUUAGAAUUCACAGUCAUGCACACGGAUUGGAUAGAAUCCAUAUCGCAUGCGUGAUUAUAGAUCACACCUGCGAUUAAAACAAAGGUAAACGGCAGCCUAACCUAGCUGCUAAAUUUAUAUUCCUGCCCUGGAUAGGUGAAACAUCCGAGAGGUUUACAUUCCCGGUUAUAAUUAGUUUCACCCUGCGAGCAUGCCUUUCCCACCCCCACUACCCCUCGGAGCCACGGGAGAGCCUUAUCUCGGGGCUAGGCUUGUUUAUUCCUUCUAGUCAAAUCGUAACUGUGAUUUACUCAGCCUAUAAUUUAUUUUAUUAAUUUGCGAUCAGGCAUUUGGUCUCCACCAACAUGAAGAAACAGCCGAAGGUGACGGCCAUGACGAUCAUUCAGAAGAGAAGGGCUUCAUUUGGAAAGCAUUGGUGGUGCUGUUUUCCAUUUAUGGAUUUUUCUUGUUCGAAAGUUUAAUGCAUUUGUGUAUGAAGAAGAAAGUUGGUGAUCAUGGAGGCCAUAGUCACAUUGAUGUCAAGGUCAUUAAUCAAUUAUUUUUUACAAUAACUGCAGAAAUUCUCCUGAACUCAAAGCUCAAAGAUUUACUCCCACAUUCAUGCUAUUGAUGUGCGUGGCGUGCAUGGUUUUCCAGGCGCUCAGUCCUUUAUCAGUGACAAUUAUGAAUUAUUUUGGGUAUUGUGUUCCUCUAAUAGGACUCAGGUCGCUCAGUGUAAAGGAAACUAAACAAUAUCAAAACAAUAGUCCACUUCCGAGUUGCAAAAACCCUCACUUACAAAAUGAGGCUAGGUGCACAACCUUUCUUGUGAAAAUGAGUUUUAUUUGCAUGAGAAUGAAAAAUGAUUUCCAUAUCAAAGGCUGAGAACCUACCCUCGUUUUGAAACAGAGGCCCGGGGGAACACGGAAAUGGCCUUUUAACUAGCUUCACUUUAGAAUUCUACGCUUUAUAAAUGUCCAGGUAAACAACAGAAACAAACACCAUUCGGUCAAUGAUUUUUGCGUUAACCGUUUUCCUUAUCUAGGAUAUUAGUUUCCGUCUCUGUUCCUUAAAAAGGAUGGAAAUUUUCAGUUCCCUUGGCUUUAGAUAGGACUAGUGUUUAUAACCUUUUACGGGCCGAAGAUCUUCGCGGACACUUACUGGUACUUCCGUUUUACUUUUUAGUUUCCUAGCCCUUCAGGUCAGGAAAAGAACGGUCCCAAGAUGGGGCCUCGUGAUGAAAACCCCCACAUGAAUAAUGGUGCCAUUGUUCUAACAAACGUAGUGAGUACAAACCAUUAAACAUAGCACAUAUGUAUUUCAGGGAAUCAAUCACGUUUUUGGUGCAAUUGCUAGGGCCUUUACAUAGAGGUGGGGAAUCCCAGAUAGGUGAGGUAACAUGUGGCGGGUCACCCUACCUAUGAAGUAAACGAGAUGAAAUUAAAAUGAGAGAUUAUAUGGACUGGCGGGUGAUCCCACCUAAGCGGGUAACCUCACUUACCUGGGGUCCCCCACCUCCAUGUAAACAGACCCUUAGAUGUGGCCUGGCUCGCAGCGCAAGGAUCAUGGGAAAGCGUCAAAAACACAAUCACAAGGAAAGGCUCAACGUAAUAAGCUUUCCACUUUCCUCCAUGCAACCUCGUUCCCAGGGUUAUCACUCCUGCUUCUUUCUCGAGGCAAGAGAGGGAACCCUGGGAGCGCGAUUGCCUUCCCAUGACUCCUUGUGCAGCGACUACCUCAAAAUAUCCCAAGAAGCGCCUGGGUGCGAGGCGGAGAUGUGGUUGUGUUUUCACUAUGCCGCAUCAAUUUAGGUCAAUUUACAUGGUCAGAAACCCAUUAUGAGUUUCUGACAUGGUAUAAUAUUAGUAAUUUGGGGACGUGUUUUAUCCAGCGCGUGUUUUAUCAAGUUUCGCGCCGAUGGAAUUUUUAAACAUGCUAUUGUUUUAAACAUACCCUCUAAAAGGGUACAUAAGAGCUCAAAGGUUUUUUUAAAGGAGACAACAACCAUUAUUCAAUUUCAAGGCCAAUUCACAUUUAGAUAUGCCUACAGCUUGUUCAAGGCAGUACUCAUUCUCGUUAACAUGUUAUUCCAGAGCCUUCGCCUUCGUAUUACUACUAAAUUCUCCCCAGCCUCCCCACAACACGAAGAGGCCUCUGGGGAGGAGAGAGGCUCUAAGUCCUAAGAUUCUGGUCCUAAGGUACUGUGAACCAGUGGGCGUAUGGUGGGAAGAUAGGAUUCUUUAUCCAAUGAACGACAAAAGCAACUUGUGUGUGGUGAUAUCAAAAACAGAUUUUUUUUCACUCUUGAACAGAAUGCCAUAGGUACCCUUGGAAAUCACACGGGUGGAGCUCAACAAGACCAUCCAAACAGAGACAGCUUGCCAAGCCAUUCUGCAGUCAGUGACAAGGAAAGAAGGGCAAAGGUUUCACUCAGAAACAUUUCCACUGUGGCAUGGACGAUAAUAAUAGGAGAUACUCUCCAUAACAUCAGUGAUGGAUUGGCCAUUGGUGCCGCUUUCGCAGAAGGUGGAAGCUCGGGUGUGUCUGGUGGAAUCAGUACUUCUAUUGCUGUGUUUUGUCACGAGCUGCCUCAUGAAUUGGGUAAAGAUGUUAAUUUUUAGUUACGUAUCUGACUGGGCUGAACGUUAGACGAUAUUUCUAUAAUUCGUACGAAUUCAUCAUUAGCAGCUGAACCUAAACGUAAUCAAUAAUACACCUUGUUCUCCCCCCGAAAACAAAAACAACAACAACAACAACAACAACAAAUUGCAUAACCUUUGCUUUACAACAAGGAGCCCAUUUGAUUUAUUCAAAUUCUUUGGCACAGAUUUAAUCCAAUGAGAGGCCAGCUGGAAACUGUCCUCGAAUUCUGAUUGGUUAAUGUCUGCAUGAAAGAAUGUGAGUUAUUUAAAGGAGGUCAAUCUUUUGGGAUUCUUACUGUAAUUUCUCCUAAGCAGAAAAUUAAACCUAAAACUCAUUUGUAACAUCGGCCACGAUUGGUCAACUCUCGACAGUUAACUGUACUUCAUAUUUUCACAGCUGAUAACUACAAUAACUGUCAAUAACAGAACACUUACAAUUUAUCGUUGUUUUUUCUUAUAUCACAGGGGACUUUGCAGUUUUGCUGACAGCCGGUAUGACAGUCAAGAUGGCAUUGUUAGCCAACUUAUUUUCUGCCAUGUCUUGUUACAUUGGCUUAGCAAUUGGUAUAUACGUUGGUCAAGAAGCUGAUGUGCGUUUCUGGAUCUUUGCUGUGGCUGCUGGAAUGUUCCUUUAUGUGGCUUUGGUGGACAUGGUAAAACUGUUUAUCUUACUGAGAUUACCAGUACUUUUAGGUCAUAAGAUAUAUAUGUACGAAAUAGCCCCUAGUUUCGGACAGAUUAACCCCUUCAGUUAAGCAUGCAAAACAGGCUUUUUUCCCGCGUUUCUUUACGCGGGCACGAAGCGGGCGUGAAGGGCGAGACGAGCGCGACCGGUAAGGCGCGAAAUAAAAUUCUUCCGUGCCUUCCUCCAUCACGCGUGUCUCGCGCUUCACGCCCGCUUCGCUUGCCUGUUUUGAAGGCUACCUCAAUAGGUGCCCUUCCCCAGGCUAAACGUAUCAAAUAGGCGCCACUGCUCCUCCUUGACACCCAAAACAAAAGCUAUUUUAAAUACCUUCGCUCGUUUAUGAUAUAUCACUCGCAAAGUUCGCACGUUCUUUAACUUAAAAGCGCUUUAUCUUGCGGUGCUGAUGGAUUUUCGCUAUAAAUGCCCUUAAUUAAUGGUGGAAAACAAAAACCUAGAAGGUUCUAUCCUCAAGACAAAGUGUCAGCAAUUUGAGUUCAAAUCUGUGAAAGGGUUUGAACCCAGGAGUCAUUUCAUGAGUAGGUUGAUUAUGACCUUUAGGGUGAACGUAGUCCUGAAUAGUAAUGUUGUUGACAGUGACUGACGUUACGACAACCUGUGCGGUAGUCAUCUGCUAACUAAGUAAGUAAGUAAGCCUUGCAUUCCAAUGUUUUAACCGGUAAUUUUGUCAUUUUUAAAACAGCUUCCUGACCUGAUGCACAGCGAAACUCUUCAAGAAGAACCUGUCGCUACGUUAUUGUUACAGAACUUCGGUUUGCUCCUAGGAUUCGUCAUUAUGCUGAUAAUUGCGCUCUUUGAGGAGGACUUGAUGGCAAUUGACUUUUAGCACAACUUGAAAUGAGCAGUCUCGUUUAAGGGGAGGGAGACGGGG